GUAUAGCUCAAUUUUCUGUGUGCGUAUUUGUGCAUCAUGAAGUUAUAAUUUUAAACGAUUGGCUCAAAAAAUGCUUCCUUGACACCAGGAUUGACUGCAGUGAUUCUGUAGCUCUCCGUUUUUACUAUACGAAAUUCAACGCAGGUGACCUUCUGCUCCGAAGUCACACUUUUAAAAUGCAGAAGCCGUUUCUGUCAGAAUAUGUAGAACCUCCCGAAGGACUUCAUAAACUUUUGGAAACAGACAGAGUUACUGUGAAGCAGAUAAAGCUGGCACAAGAUGCAAAAAGAUAUGAUGCAGUUGUCUAUGAAGCUGUGUUAGAUACUGCUGAAUUACUGUUGAGAUUUGUAGAGAAAUCCAGCUUUGUCCAACGCUUUUGGUGUGGUUCCCAUAGAGCUUUUGAUAUGGAAGUACGCAAUGUCAAUGGGAAACUUGUUAUGCAUCUUCAAAGACCAAUGAAAUGUCCAUCUGUGAUUUGUUUCUGUUGUCCUUAUGAAAUGAAAGUUGAAGCUCCAGUUGGUGAAUCCUUAGGAAGUAUUGUUCAGAAUUAUGGACGACUUGGUCAUACAUUCUCUUUAAAAGACUGGAAUGGUAAUGUACAACUCGAUCUAAAAGGACCUUGGUUUUCGUACACUUGUUGCUUAGAUCUUAUAUUUAAGAUUUAUGCCCAUGGUUAUCAUAAAUCGAUUGGACGGAUUAUACAUCGUUGGAAUCAAGAGUUCGACAGCUUCCGUAUAGACUUUCCCCUUGAUUUGGAUUAUCGUAUGAAACUUCUACUUAUAUGCGCCGCAAUAUUUUUGAAUACGAAAUAAGCGAAGCUCCCUCGGUAUAUAUAUAUAUAUAUAUUGGUAUGUGUUGCGAAGUUCAGUGGAACACAAAAAUCUGAUGAAAACCAUUACUGAAAAUGAUUUCGUUUACUUUGGAAACAAAUGAGACACGCCUUCUUUUUGCUGAUCGGUGUCCUUCUAUCUUUUUUAUUUGUCUAUUGAAUUACUUUCUUUGUUUGCCUUAUUGUUGCUGUUAUUGACUGGCUGAAAAACAAAAACAAAAAACUGGGGUGUGAUCACUAUUCAGGUUUCUUUUUUCUCUUUUUAUUUUAUGUGUAGUUGCACUAAUGUACACUGUGCUACACACACAUGCAUAUUGUACUGCGCGCGCCUGCAUGUGCCUACAUCAAAAAUACAGGGAUUUAUCUCAAAUGUUGUGUAUUUUAUUGUGCUGAAAAAAAAAAUUUAUUUUAAUUAAUUUUUUGGUAGCCAUACUGGAUGAUGUUCUUUUUACACGUUUGGAUAACACCCGGAUAGAACGACCUAUGUACCUAGCUCCGGAAGAGCAGGUGAACUGAUUGAUACAUGCACAAUGAAGUGGUUAGUCAUAUGCGGAAGGAAGUCUGACCUUCUCGUUGCUCUGAAGAAGAAGUGGACGGUAGGAGAAUACCAAUCCUAGAGUUUUGUUCACACGUGUAUAAUUCGUUCUAUCCCCGCGUAACUUUUGUGUCUAAGCGUCUCUCUCCGUAAUCCAUAUCAAGGUGAAAAUAAUGGUCAGCUUUCAUUCGUCUUUAGAACUGUUAUUUCUCCAGUUAUCAAACAUUAAUUUUGCGAAUGUUGUAACUGCGUUUUCUAAUCCUCCAACGCAAUCUUGGCUCUAAGCCCCUUGUAAUCUAUACCUUCAUAUCUUCAAACUUUCAUAUCCAGUUGGAAAAUAAUUAUCUCUUUCGUUACUAUAUGGAAUUAAAUAAAUAAAUAAUAAUUGUAUUCAUGUAAUUUGAUGCAUAUAAAUGUGAUUGUACAGCUGGUUUUGAGAAUGAAAUCGUCAAUAAAUCGGUUACAGCAAACCGUUUUCUAUGAGUGUGACUUUCAGGAAGUCAAGUUCUUAGUCCUGCUUUUUUGGAAAGAUGUAUGUUAUAAUAUAUGGGAGUGACUGACCACAAGGUUAGUUAGUGCGUUAAUUGGUUAGUAGUCAGUUAGUUGUUCUCUUAAAUUGAAUUUCGCCUUUUUAGUUUGUCGACCACAUAAUUUGUCUUCUGAUUGCGUUUUUCAUUUUGUUUAUUUAUUUAUUUAUUAUUGUCGUCUAUAAUGAUUUACAGGAUUUCGUUUACUUUGCAAACAAAUAAGACACGCCUUCUUUCCUGUUAGGUGCGAUUUUCUAUCUAUGUAUUUAUUUUUGUUUAUUCACUUAAUUUCAUUUUGUAAUUUCAUGUUUUCAAAUCAUUUUGUUUUUGUUAUUUUGUGUUAAUAACUGGUUGAAAAACAAAAAACUGGUGUGUGAUCACUAUUCAGGACUUUGUUUCUUUUGUCUUUUCUCUGUAAGUUAUGUGUUGUUACUGAACUAGUACACAUUGCUACACACGUGCAUACUGUAAUCCAUACACCUGCAUGUGCCUACAUCAAUAAUACAAUACAGGGAUGUAAAAUGCUGUGUAUUUUUAUGGUCCCAAUUGAAAAAAAAUUUAGUUUAAUUAAUUAUUUUCUUUUUUUCCGCGUCUUGAUUCUAUAUGCCUUUUUUUCUCAUUUAUCCGACUGUCUGUCCUGAGACAGAGAGAUAGAAAGAGAAGGAAGUAGGAAGGGAGAAUCGGAAAGGAGGGGAGAAUAAAUGCAUUUUUAUGUGUUUUUGUCUUCGAUGCUUUACUCUUUGAACCUAAUUUCUUUUUUUCAAAUUGUCAGUUUGAUUGCGAACAGAUGCCAGUUAGUAUACGUACAUGCACACACACACACACGCAUAUAUAUAUCUACAUACACCUUGGAAUACGCUAAAAUGAGGAGAACAGAGAGACACCAUUGCUGUUUCCCUGGCUACUUUUCAUUACUUCUUCUUCUGUCUUUGUACCUUCCCUUGUGAUAAAAAACAAAUUCGAUUGAAUUUUGAAUAAAUCUCAGCAAUGAAUACUGUUGCUAUCGCU